AUGAUACAGCUCACACUUUCUUUGUCAGCUGCACUAGUGCCAUCACUGAAAGUUUGUACUGUUCUACUAAUAACUGGAGUAAUAGGCAACAGUCUUAUAAUUCUACAAGUUAUCAUAAACAAAUACAUGCGCAAUCCAACUUUUAUUGUCAUUUGUGGUCUGGCUGCCUCCGAUUUAAUAAUGGUUUCCGUCAGACUAACAAAGGAAAUAACUGAUGUAUUGGGCAAAACAAUUAACACAACAAUAUUGUGUAAGUUGCAGUUAUUCUUAUUACAAGUUUCGGCUUAUUCUGCGGCCUAUCACUUAGUUCUUUUGUCUGUGAUUCGUUAUUUUUUCCUGGUUCAUCCGUUUCAAGCAGAGAAAUAUCUAACCAACAAAAAUGUGUGUGAAACCUAA